AUGAAGAAAGCAGCUUUGAUAUUCAUGGGUCUUGUACUUUUUUCAACAUGCACUCAAAUUAUGGCACAAACUUGCGAACAAGAUUCUGAUUGUAGUCAUAUGUCAUGUGUAACGAAGAUCAAAUGUCAGGACAACGAGUGUAUAUGCGUUAAUGACAAACACGUGGUUUUACCACUUGACACGAAUUGUGGUGUUCAUGCUUGCAUUGACUUUUGCAAGGCAAAAGGCGAACAAGCUUAUGCUUGUCUCUUAAACCAUUGUUACUGCCGCAAACCUCCAAUGUAA